AUGGCUGUUGGCCGGAGGAGGCUGGCCCUGCUCUGGGCCCUGGCUCUCGCCCUGACCUGCACCCAGCACACAGGUAUGGCUCACAAUGCCAUGCCCAGUAUGGCUUCACGGAUUCCAGCUAUAAGUACUACCCGGACCUCUCUACCAUCCAGCCAGGGCCCCACAGGUGACCCACUUGGUGGUGUGACCAUCUUCCCACCAUUGAAGACGGUCCCUGUCGUACGAGCCCUGAACCCAGCACACAACGGGCGAGUCUGCAGCACGUGGGGUGACUUCCACUACAAGACCUUCGACGGUGACAUCUUCCGCUUCCCUGGCCUCUGCAACUACGUCCUGGCCUCACACUGCCGAGCCGCCUAUGAGGACUUCAACAUCCAGGUGCGCCGCAGCCAGGAGGCCAACGCCACCACACCCAGCAGGGUCGUCAUGAAGCUCGAUGGCAUGGUCCUUGAGUUGACAAAGAGCUCAGUCCUGGUCAACAGCCGUCCGGUCCAGCUGCCCUUCAGCCAGUCUGGAGUCCUCAUAGAGAAGAGCAACAUGUACCUGAAGGUGGUGGCCCGGCUGGGGCUAGUCUUCAUGUGGAACCUGGAUGACAGCCUCCUGCUGGAGCUGGAUGACAAAUAUGCCAACCAGACCUGUGGGCUGUGUGGAGACUUCAAUGGCCUCCCCAUCUUCAAUGAGUUCCUCUCCAACAACAUCAAGCUGACCCCUACUGAGUAUGGGAACCUGCAGAAGCUGGAUGGGCCCAUGGAGCAGUGCCAGGACCCAGCCCCCGCGCCCACAAGGAACUGCACGCCUGGCCUUGAGUUCUGCCAGGGGACUCUCCUUGGCCAGCCGUUUUCGGGCUGCCAUGCCCUGGUGGACGCCAGCAGCUACAUUGCGGCCUGCCAGCAGGACAUCUGCCUCUGUGCCAACGCCAACCCCACCAGCUGCUCCUGCCCCACCCUUGCUGAGUAUGCACGGCAGUGCGUGCACGCUGGGGGGGUGCCCCAGAACUGGCGGACCUCCAGUCUGUGCCCGGCCCAGGCGUGCCCCUUCAACAUGGAGCAUCGUGAAUGUGGCCUGCCCUGCCCUGACACCUGCUCCAACCUCGAGCGUGCCCAGCUCUGUGAGGACCACUGUGUCAGCGGCUGCUUCUGCCCUCAAGGGUUGGUGUUUGAUGACAUCAGCCAGAACGGCUGUGUCCCUGUGGCCCAGUGCUCGUGCAUUUACAAUGGACUCUCCUAUCCCCCUGGGGCAAUCUACUCCACCGACUGCACCAACUGCACCUGCUCUGGGGGCCACUGGAACUGCCAGGAGGCCCCAUGCCCUGGCACCUGCUCAGUGCUCGGGGGCAGUCACUUCACCACUUUCGAUGAAAAGGAGUACACGGUGCAUGGGGACUGCAGCUACGUGCUGGCCAAGCCCUGUGACAGCGGUGCCUUCACGGUGCUGGCAGAGCUGCGUAAGUGUGGACUGACGGACAGCGAAACCUGCCUGAAGAGCGUGACGCUCAGCCUGGGCAGCGGGCAGACCGUCAUCGUGGUCAAGGCCAGCAAUGAGGUGUUUGUGAACCAGAUCUACACCCAGUUGCCCGUCUCUGCAGCCAACGUCACCCUCUUCAGGCCCUCGACCUUCUUCAUUAUCGCCCAGACCAACCUGGGCCUGCAGCUGGACAUCCAGCUGGUGCCCACCAUGCAGGUCUUCCUGCGGCUAGUGUCUGAGCUCCGGGGGCUGACCUGCGGACUCUGCGGGAAUUUCAACAGCAUGCAGGAAGAUGACUUCCGGACCAUUAGCGGGGUGGUGGAGGGCACGGCCGCCUCCUUCUUCAAUACCUGGAAGACCCAGGCCGCCUGCCCCAAUGUCAAGAACAGCUUUGAGGACCCCUGCUCCCUCAGCGUGGAGAAUGAGAAGUAUGCACAGUACUGGUGCUCACAGCUGACAGACGCCAAGGGCCCCUUCGCCCAUUGCCACGCCUCCGUGAACCCUGCCACCUACUACUCAAACUGCAUGUUUGACACGUGCAAUUGCGAGAAGAGUGAGGACUGCCUGUGCGCCGCCCUGUCGGCCUACGUGCACACCUGCGCUGCCAAGGGUGUGCUGCUGCAAGGCUGGAGGGACGGUGUCUGCACAAAGCCCGCGACCACCUGCCCCAAGUCGCUGACAUACCGUGACCACAUCAGCACCUGCCAGCCCACCUGCCGCUCCCUGAGCGAGGAGGACGUCACCUGUCACAUUAGUUUUGUGCCCGUGGAUGGCUGUGUCUGUGCCGAGGGCACCUACCUGGAUGACUCGGGCAAGUGUGUGCAAGCGACCAGCUGCCCCUGCUACUACCGGGGCUCACCCAUACCCAGUGGGGAGUCGGUGCACGACAGCGGGGUUGCCUGCACCUGCACCCAGGGGAAACUGACCUGCAUCGGAGGCCACGCCCCUGCCCCAGUCUGCACUGCACCCAUGGUCUACUUCGACUGCCGGAACGCCAUGCCUGGGGCUACAGGGGCCGGCUGUCAGAAAAGCUGCCACACCCUGGACAUGGCCUGCUACAGCCCCCAGUGCAUCUCCGGCUGUGUGUGCCCAAAUGGGCUGGUGUCAGAUGGUGAGGGCAGCUGCAUCGCAGAGAUCGACUGUCCCUGUGUGCACAAUGAGGCCAGCUACAAGGCUGGCCAGACCAUCCAUGUCGGCUGCAACACCUGCACCUGCAAGAACAGAAUGUGGCAGUGCACCCAGGAGCCCUGCCUGGCCACCUGCACUGUGUACGGGGACGGCCACUACAUCACCUUCGAUGGGCAGCGCUUCACCUUUGAUGGGGACUGCGAGUACACACUGGUGCAGGACCACUGUGGCGGCAACAGCAGUGCUCAGGGCUCCUUCCACGUCGUCACUGAGAACAUCCCCUGUGGCACAACCGGGACCACCUGCUCCAAGGCCAUCAAGAUCUUUCUGGGGAGCUACGAGCUGAAGCUGAGUGGCGGGAAAGUGGAGGUGAUCGAGAAGGGGGCAAGGCAGGCAGUGCCCUACUCCAUUCGCCAGAUGGGCAUCUACCUAGUAGUGGACACGGAUGCCGGCCUCGUAUUCCAGUGGGACAAGAAGACCAGCCUUUUCCUCAAACUGAGCCCUGAGUUCAAGGGAAAGGUGUGUGGGCUGUGCGGCAACUUCGACGGCAACGCCAUCAACGACUUCACCACGCGGAGCCAGUCGGUGGUGGGCGAUGUGCUGGAGUUCGGCAACAGCUGGAAGUUCUCGCCAUCCUGUCCAGACGCCCGCGCCCCCAGGGACCCCUGCACCGCCAACCCGUACCGCAAAUCCUGGGCCCAGAAGCAGUGCAGCAUCCUCCACGGAGCCACCUUUGCCGCCUGCCAUGCCCACGUGGAGACCACCAAGUACUACGAGGCCUGCGUGAGCGAUGCGUGCGCCUGCGAUUCCGGUGGCGACUGCGAGUGUUUCUGUACAGCCGUGGCCGCCUAUGCCCAGGCCUGCCAGGAUGCGGGCGUGUGCGUGUCCUGGCGCAGCCCUGAUGUCUGCCCUCUGUUCUGUGACUACUACAACCCCCACGGGGAGUGUGAGUGGCACUACCAGCCAUGCGGGGCCCCCUGCAUGCAGACUUGCCGGAACCCCAGCGGUCGCUGCCUCCACGACUUGAGCCACCUGGAAGGCUGCUACCCCAAGUGCCCUCCAGAGGCUCCCAUCUUUGAUGAAGAUGAGAUGCAGUGUGUGGCCCACUGCCCAACCCCACCGCCCCCACCACCCUGCCGCUUUCGGGGCAAGGACUACCGGCCUGGCACCUCGGUGCCCACCAAUGAGAACUGCCACACCUGCAUCUGCACUGAGAAUGGUGUGGUGUGUGCCUAUGAUGCCGAGGCUUGUGUCUGCACCUAUGACCAGCGGCACUUCCGCCCUGGGGACGUCAUCUACCACACGACAGACGGCACUGGCUACUGCCUCACUGCCCACUGCCUAGCCAACGGCACCAUUGAGAAGAAGAUCAGCUUCUGCGACACCAGCACCGCACCCACCACCACCUUCUUCUUCUCCAGCACCCAGUAUGGUAAGGCAGCAUGCAUCUCUCCUGGGUCCACAGUGAGCACAGUUACAAGCAACACCUUCUCAACAGCCCCAGUCACCUCCCCUGGGUCCAUAGUCAGCACCUCCCCGAACCAAAGCUGUGGGGAGAUUUGCCAGUGGACCCCAUGGCUGGAUGUCAGCCACCCGGGGCGGGGAGUGGACAGUGGCGAUUUUGACACACUGCAGAACCUGCGUGCUCACGGGUUCCGAGUUUGUCAGGUGCCCCGGGCGGUGAAGUGCCGUGCUGAGAAUGCUCCCAACUUGCCACUGGAAGCUCUGGGGCAGCACGUGGAGUGCAGCCGGACAGUGGGGCUGAUCUGCUACAACAAGGACCAGGCCUCAGGGCUUUGCGACAACUACCAGAUCCGCGUUCUGUGCUGCUCCCCAGCACCCUGCCCCACUACCAGCCACAAAUCAGCCCCAACUUCCACCUCUGCCACGUUCAGGGCAACCCAGACCACGGCAGGGACCAAGGGACUGUUCACAGCCACCUCAGGCCCUGUGCACACAGCUAGCACCACUCUCUCUACAGCUAGCACAGCACCUGCCACAGGUACCUCUGCACCUGCCCCAGGUACCUCAACACCCAUCAAAACAAGUCUCUUGACCCCCAGCCCAACACCAGAGGCAACGACGGAAACAACAUCCUCCACUGAGCCCAGCAAGUCUCCUUGUUUACUAGAAAUGUGCGAGUGGACAAAGUGGCUGGAUGGCAGCUACCCUGAACCUGGCAUGAAUGGUGGCGAUUUUGACACUUUCCAUAACUUGAGAGCUGAAGGCUAUAAAUUCUGUGAGCAUCCCAAAGAGGUGGAGUGCAGAGCCACUUGGUACCCAGACACUCCGCUGGACGAGCUGGGGCAGGACGUGAUCUGCAACACAAAGGUGGGGCUGCUCUGCCUGAACAAGAACCAGCUGCCUCCAAUCUGCUACAAUUAUGAGAUCCGCAUCCGCUGCUGCGAGGUCGUGGACGUGUGCAGAACGAUAACACCUGUGGUUCCUUCAUCCGUACGUACAACCACCAAGACCUGGGUACCUAAAACCAUUCCCACCUCUCAACCCACAAGCAUGACAACGGUUUCAACCACUUCAUCCCCUGUCCCUACACACAGUUCAAUCCCUGUCCCCACAACGACAACCCCUGUCCCUACAACCAGCUCCAUCUCUGUCCCUACACCCAGCUCAACCCCUACAACCCACUCCAGGACCAUCACCACCAAGUGCCGAAAACGGUGCACAUGGACCAAAUGGUUUGAUGUGGACUUCCCAGCCCCUGGGCCCCACGGUGGAGAUGUGGAAACCUACGAGAACAUCAUCAGACAUGGAGAGACAGUCUGCCACAGGCCCGAGGAGAUCACGAAGCUGGAGUGCCGUGCAGAGAACCACCCCGUGGUCAGCAUCCAGCAGCUGGGGCAGGUGGUGGAGUGCAACCCAGACGUGGGGCUGGUGUGCCGCAACCAGGACCAGAAGGGGCAGCUCAAGAUGUGCUUGAACUAUGAGAUCCGUGUGCUGUGCUGUGAGCUGCCUACUCCUCCUCCAGUAGCCUCCACAGUUCCAGGCACCUCACCUGUGACUGCCACCAGCUCAACAGCGAGCACCACGUCUGUGUCUACAACUUCAAAGCCUGUGUGUAAAAGCAGCUCAAGCACUCCUAGAAGCACAACGGCCGCAACCACUCCCUCCUCUCUGCCUGCUACCGCCACAACCCCUGCGCCUACAACCACCUCUGCUCCUACAACCACAAUCCCUGUCCCUAAAACCACAACCCCUGUCCCCACAACCACCACCUCUACUCCUACAACCACAAUUCCUGUCCCUAAAACCACAGCCCCUGUCCCCAAAACCACAAUCACUGUCCCUACAACCACUUCCACCACUGUUCCUACAACCACCACGAGUCCUGUUCCUACAACUACUCCCAUUCCUCUGUCUACAACCACUCCCACCCUUGUUCCUGAGACAACCCACUCCAGGACCAUCACCACCAAGUGCCGAAAACGGUGCACAUGGACCAAAUGGUUUGAUGUGGACUUCCCAGCCCCUGGGCCCCACGGUGGAGAUGUGGAAACCUACGAGAACAUCAUCAGACAUGGAGAGACAGUCUGCCACAGGCCCGAGGAGAUCACGAAGCUGGAGUGCCGUGCAGAGAACCACCCCGUGGUCAGCAUCCAGCAGCUGGGGCAGGUGGUGGAGUGCAACCCAGACGUGGGGCUGGUGUGCCGCAACCAGGACCAGAAGGGGCAGCUCAAGAUGUGCUUGAACUAUGAGAUCCGUGUGCUGUGCUGUGAGCUGCCUACUCCUCCUCCAGUAGCCUCCACAGUUCCAGGCACCUCACCUGUGACUGCCACCAGCUCAACAGCGAGCACCACGUCUGUGUCUACAACUUCAAAGCCUGUGUGUAAAAGCAGCUCAAGCACUCCUAGAAGCACAACGGCCGCAACCACUCCCUCCUCUCUGCCUGCUACCGCCACAACCCCUGCGCCUACAACCACCUCUGCUCCUACAACCACAAUCCCUGUCCCUAAAACCACAACCCCUGUCCCCACAACCACCACCUCUACUCCUACAACCACAAUUCCUGUCCCUAAAACCACAGCCCCUGUCCCCAAAACCACAAUCACUGUCCCUACAACCACUUCCACCACUGUUCCUACAACCACCACGAGUCCUGUUCCUACAACUACUCCCAUUCCUCUGUCUACAACCACUCCCACCCUUGUUCCUGAGACAACCCACUCCAGGACCAUCACCACCAAGUGCCGAAAACGGUGCACAUGGACCAAAUGGUUUGAUGUGGACUUCCCAGCCCCUGGGCCCCACGGUGGAGAUGUGGAAACCUACGAGAACAUCAUCAGACAUGGAGAGACAGUCUGCCACAGGCCCGAGGAGAUCACGAAGCUGGAGUGCCGUGCAGAGAACCACCCCGUGGUCAGCAUCCAGCAGCUGGGGCAGGUGGUGGAGUGCAACCCAGACGUGGGGCUGGUGUGCCGCAACCAGGACCAGAAGGGGAAGCUCAAGAUGUGCUUGAACUAUGAGAUCCGUGUGCUGUGCUGUGAGCUGCCUACUCCUCCUCCAGUAGCCUCCACAGUUCCAGGCACCUCACCUGUGACUGCCACCAGCUCAACAGCGAGCACCACGUCUGUGUCUACAACUUCAAAGCCUGUGUGUAAAAGCAGCUCAAGCACUCCUAGAAGCACAACGGCCACAACCACUCCCUCCCCUCUGCCUCCUACCACCACAACCCCUGUGCCUACAACCACCUCUGCUGCUACAACCACACUCCCUGUCCCCACAACCACACUUCCUGUCCAUACAAGCACACUCCCUGUUCCUACAACCACAACAAUCCCAACCACUCCCUCCCCUGUGCCUGCUACCACAGCCCCCGUUCCUACAACCACCUCUGCUCCUACAACCACACUCUCUGUCCCUACAACCACAACUCCUGUCUCUACAAUCACACUCCCUGUCCAUACAACCACAACUCCUGUUCUUAUAACCACAACCCCUGUCCCUACAGCCAGAACCUCUGUCCCUACAACCACAACCCAUGUCUCCAAAACCACAACCCCUGCCCCUGCAACCACUCCCACCUCUGUUCCUACAAUUGCCUCAACCCCCACAACUCAUGUUCCUACAACUACUCCCAUUCCUCUGUCUACAACCAUCUCAACCCCUGUGCCUGAGACAACCCACUCCCAGACUAUCAUCACCACCUGCCCAAAUCAGUGCACAUGGACCAAAUGGUUUGAUGUGGACUUCCCAGCCCCUGGGCCCCACGGUGGAGAUGUGGAAACCUACGAGAACAUCAUCAGACAUGGAGAGAAAGUCUGCCACAGGCCCGAGGAGAUCACGAAGCUGGAGUGCCGUGCAGAGAACCACCCCGUGGUCAGCAUCCAGCAGCUGGGGCAGGUGGUGGAGUGCAACCCAGACGUGGGGCUGGUGUGCCGCAACCAGGACCAGAAGGGGAAGCUCAAGAUGUGCUUGAACUAUGAGAUCCGCGUCCUGUGCUGUGAGCACUACGAUGGCUGUCCCCUGACCUCUGUCCCCCCCAACGUGACGUCCCCCACAGCAAGCACAUCACCACCAGAAUCCACCUCUAUCACUGCUACCACAUCAUCGCCCAGCCCUGUGACAAACUCUACCACGAUCUGCUACUGUUUCGUGGCUAACAAGUUAUACGCCGCUGGAGCCACCAUCUACCAGAAGAAAGAUCUGGAUGGGCACUGUUACCACUCCCAGUGCACGCAGGACUGCCAUGUUGUCAAGAAUAUCAGUCAUGACUGCCCACGCACCACGCCAGCUCCCACGCCAGAGACUUCCCCUCCACCCAGGUGCACAAAUGUGGUUCCUCCAAGAAAGAAAGGCGAGACCUGGAACAUGCCCAACUGCACCCAGGCCAUCUGUGAGGGCAACAAUGUCACCACCUUGCACCAGCGGAAGUGCCCACGACCCAGGGCACCCACCUGUGCCAACGGCUACCCAGCCGUGAAGGUGGUGGACGAAGACGGUUGCUGCCAUCACGACGAGUGCCAGUGCGUCUGCAGUGGCUGGGGUGACCCCCACUACAUCACGUUCGAUGGAACCUACUAUACCUUCCUGGACAACUGCACCUACGUGCUGGUGCAGCAGAUUGUGCCCAAGUAUGGCCACUUCCGUGUGCUGGUCGACAACUACUUCUGCAACGCAGAGGACGGGCUGUCCUGCCCCCACGCCAUCAUCAUUGAGUACCAGCAGGACCGAAUUGUGCUGACCCGCAAGCCCGGCGUUGUGGGCGUCUCAGCCAACCAGAUUAUAUUCAACGGCAAGGAGGUCCAUUCCGGCUUCAGCAGCAACGGAGUCGACAUCGCCCAGGUUGGCAUCAAGAUGUACGUGAGCAUACCUGCCAUCGGCCUGCAGGUCAUGUUCUCCGGCCUCAUCUUCUCAGUGGAGUUGCCCUUCAGCAAGUUUGCCAACAACACUGAGGGCCAGUGUGGCACCUGCAGCAACAACCCGAAGGACGAUUGCCGCCUGCCAGGAGGGGCUGUGGCUACCUCCUGCUCCAAGAUGUCCAGCCACUGGAAGGUGACCAUGCCUGACCAACCGCACUGCUACAGGCAGCCCCCGACACCCCUGCCGACCACCCCUGACAAGACCAAAACCACGCCCACCCCAUGCCCACCAGCGCCCAUCUGUCAGCUGAUCCUAAGCAAGGUCUUUGAGCCGUGCCACAGUGUCAUUCCCCCGUGGUCGUACUACGAAGGCUGUGUCUUCGACCAGUGCCACGUGACAGAAGUGAACGUGGUGUGCUCCAGCCUGGAGAUGUAUGCCUCUAUCUGUGCGUCGCACGGCGUGUGCAUUGACUGGAGGGGCCGCACUAACAACACCUGCCUUUUCACCUGCCCUGCCGACCAGGUGUACCAGCCCUGUGGCCCAGUCAACCCCCCCUACUGCUACGGAAACAACAGUGCCAGCCUCCAGUUCUUUCAGGACAUCGGGUCCUUCACAGAGGGCUGCUUCUGCAAUGAGGGCCUGAUGCUUUUCAGCCCGAGCACUGCUGUCUGCGUGCCCACCGGCUGCCCACGGUGCCUGGGGCCCAGCGGAGAGCCGGUGGAGCUGGACCAGACCAUUAUCCACAACUGCCAGGAGUGCACCUGUGAGAGCAGUACCCGGACCCUGGCCUGCCGGACACUGACUUGCCCACCGGCCCCCAACUGCCACACGACUGGCCAUGUGCUGGUACACACACCCCUGAAGGCUGGCCAGUGCUGUGUAGAGUACCAUUGUGUCUGCAACGCCAGCUCCUGCCCCCAGCUCGCCCCCUGCCCCAGGGGCUCACACCUGGUCCAGAACCCCCAGGAGGGAGAAUGCUGCCCAAGCCAGAAGUGCAUUUAUGAUGCCUGCGUUGUCAACGGCAGUUUGUACCAGCCUGGCGCAGUGGUCUCCUCCGACCUGUGCAAGACAUGCAAGUGUCAGGCGACAGACGACCCCGAGACGGAGCCAUUCGUGGUAACCUGCGAGACCCUGGUCUGCAAGCGCCAUUGUCCCGUGGGCUUCGAGUACCGUGUGCCCGUGGGCCAGUGCUGCGGCUCCUGUGUGCAGGUAGCCUGCGUCGUGAACACCAGCGAUGGCUCUCCCCACCUCUUCUACCCCGGCCAGACCUGGUCGGAGCCCGGGAACCGUUGUGAGACACACGAGUGUGAGAAGUACCAGGACGGGGUCGUGGUGGUGACUACAAGGAAGGCGUGUCCUGCACUUCGCUGUCCUCAGGACCAGGCUGUGCCUAGUGAAGAUGGCUGCUGCCUCUCCUGUCCCCAGCAGCCACCCCAGAACAGGUCCACCUGCACCGUGUACGACAAGCAGGAGGUCAUCCGAGUGGGCAGCUGCAGCACCACCCAGCCUGUGCGCCUCACCUACUGCCAGGGCAACUGUGGGGACACCAUCUCGAUGUACUCCUUCGAGGCCAGCAUGGUGGAACACAGGUGUAAGUGCUGCCAGGAGCUGCGUACAUCGCUGAGAAAUGUGACUCUGAGCUGCCAGGAUGGCUCUACCCGGGCCUUCAGCUACCGCCACAUCGAGGAGUGUGGCUGUGUGGGUCCACGGUGCGAUACGCUGGGCAACUCCAGCCACUCAGAGCUGGAGCCUGAGCAGAGCAAAGAGGAAGAAAGCCAGGAGACGAGGGUUGGGCGCUGGAGCAGAGGGCUGGCCCCGGCCACCCCCGUGCACUGACCGUGCUGCUCUUCUGGCUCCCACACCUCCCUCCUGGACCCAAGAAUCUGGACACCCAUGCAUUUCCUUCCCUUCUCAGCCUCCAAGACCAGGGGAACUGGGGCCCUGUCCACGGUGACCAGAGCCCAGAUCCACUGCCCACCCCACCUCUUUCUCUCAGGGCUGGGGUCUGCCACCUGGGCUGCACCCCAGCCACGCAAGCUGGCCACAGCUCCACCUGCCCAUGGGCC